AUGUUAGAAAAUGAUUAAUAAAAUUUAGAGGACCCUUAGAAUAAUUUACUUAAUCUUGAAUCAGUGAUAGAAUUUGUAAAACCAAUUAGACACAAAUCAUCUUAUUAUGAAAAGGAUUUUUUUGUAGAACCUUGGGAUGAAAAUUAAGAUAAUUUUCUAUAAUUAUCUCCAAAAAUGAAAGAAGAAUAAUAAGAAAGAAAAACUAAAAUAAUAAAAAUUAAGCUUCCUUAAUCUCGAAAUUAAAGUAGACAUCGUUCAAAUGAAAACUCAUAAGCAGUUCAAAUUUCUCUUCCAUUUCAUGAAAGAGCUGGAAGUUGUCAUACACAAUUUUAAGAUUUAGGAUUUUCUAAUCAAACUGCGGCUUACAAACGAAUAGUUGAUAAGAUGAAGAGUAUAUAAAUAAAAAAAAACAUAACAAUUGAGAAUAAUAAUAAUAAUAAUAAUUAUAAACAUUUUAGUUUAAAAGUUUAAGCAAACAAAAAGAAAAUUAAAUAGAUUGUUUAAGUAAAAUAAAAAUAGCCAUUCUCAUGGUAAGAUUAUUACAAAUUCAUCUAAAAAAAUCAUAAUUAAAUAAAACCUAAUAAUUUGUUUAAUCCAUAAAUUAAGAGUUAUAAUAUUUAGAUAAAUAAAUCUCUAUAAUAAAAGAUAGAUAAAGAAACUACUAUAAGAAAUUUUCGUCUGAAAUCAACGUAUACUAAGACUAUUGCUUGA